AUGGCUAGCAACAGUGGUGUGCAGCAGCAAAUUCAGCAACAACAGCAACAUUUCCAGCAACAAAACAACAGCCCGUACCACUGCAAGGAGUGUGGUUUAUCAUUAAAUUCUGCGGAGUCCUUAGAGGUACAUCUGCAGUAUCACAAAGAAAAUUUGUUGAAACACUGGGCGAUUCAGGCAGCUUCUUCCCACUCCGAGGAAACCAACAACAACACUCCAAAGGCUAAUAUGAAACGUGAGUUAAUUCCAAAUAAUACUAUUGCUACAGCUGAUAGCUCUGACUCUAUUCAAAAGAAAAGUCCAGAAUACAGUAGGGCUACUCCAGAAUCUAUUUUUGGGCAUCCGCCAACACCCCAAAGCUACCAGAGCGCUUCAUCUCCUUACCAGAAUCACGACAAUUCUAAUUUUUCGCCAAAUUUUUCUAAUUAUCAGCAAAAAAAUGACCGAACGUCUCCAAAUCCGCAACAGCAGCAACAACAGCAGCCGCAGUACCAGCAAAAUAAUUAUCCCAAUUAUUCGGAUCCACAAUAUUUUCCAAUGGAAUCCAGUCAAAAUCAGCAAUAUCCAGAUUCAUAUGCUCAUAACAAAAACAACCCUAUGCAAAACUCCUCGUAUAGGUACCACCCCUAUUCCGAACCCCAGCAAAACAAUUACGAGCGGCAGCAGACGCAGGCACAGGUGUCAACUUCAAGCCCUGCGUACCCCCCUCAGCCGACGCCGUCCCCUAGUCCUAAACAAUGUGACAAGUGCGGCUAUGUAUGUGAAUCCGCUUCUCAGCUUAUCGAGCAUCUGAAUAUGGCUCAUCCUCCAACUCCCGCUCCCCAUCUUUCUGCUUAUCAACCGAAUCAGCAUUUUAUGUUUGAUCAGCCGCCCAUUGUAAAACAAGAAGACAACGGGCAGAGCGAGAUUCUAGACCUUGACUCACACAAAGUUGUCCACAACGUGUUUCCCGAGGAAGAGAAACAUCAGAAUGGGGAUCCCAUUGUUCAUAAUCCACAUUCUGUUUCCGCUUUACUUAAUUCAUGGAGUCCAGCGCAACAGUCUCCGCAACAGCCGCAACAAAAAAUGUUCCCACAACAUCCUGCUCAAGAACAACGUAUAUUUAUGAAUGCUCCCGAUCAAAUGCAUAAUCAAGAUUUCAUUGUCAAUGGCGUCACUACCACAUCACAAGAGAAUGCCGGAAGUAAUAUGAAUGCUCUUGGCCAACCUCAUCAAUCCUAUAGACCAUUUGAGCACCUAACGUCACCCCCCAACGCUCCUGUGAUUUCAAGCACCCAAGUUCCUAAUAGUCCCGCACAACCACCCCCUACAAUGCAAAAGAAUUCUGCAAACUGGAAAUCCAACGAAGCCCGUAGACCAAAGACGUAUAACUGCACCGCCUGCAACAAGUGGUUCACAAGUUCCGGUCACCUAAAACGUCAUUAUAACACGACGUUACAUAAGAAUGCAGUAAAGUCCAGCGGACAACCGGAUCCGGCGACAAUGCCCAUUAGCGCCCACCACCACCCCGCCAGAGAUAGUUCCUCGAAGCAGGACGAUCGCCCCCAAUCGGGAAGUUCCGGGGACGAAAUUCGUAGCGAAGAUAACAGCAGCAUGCCUCCCCAUCCAUAUGACCGUCCCCCAAACGGGGAAGCAGGCCUCUCAACCACCAACGUAGAUUCGAGGGGCCUGCUGUCGCUCAGUUCUCCUCCUAUCAAUACGGCCAAUACCCAUGGGUUCAACAUGGCACCUCAGCAUAUGAUGUCAAUGGACAACAACCAAUUCCAGAUGUACCCAAACGAGUCGGCCCCCCACGUUACGCAGGCUAUGGAUACCAACAGCCACAAUACUACUGGUGAAUUCCAAUUCACUAGUCAGAAUAGCCUAGCCGAAGAAAAUCAGCCGCUACCUAGCUUUGCGCAGAUCCAGGCCCAUCGCUACGGUUUGAUCGGUUAUGAUAUAGCGAACGUGGGGGGCGGGGGUGCGGUAACGACCCCUUAUACCUACUACACAGAACCAAGUGACGUGUCUGAGUCGAAACCUUUGAUGUAUCGCAGCGAAGAAGACGACUACAAGCUCACCGUACUUACAGCUGCUGAUCCUCCACCAAUGCAAACUGAUUAUAUGGUCCAGUACUCUCCUAAUCACAAUAACAAUAAUAAUCACUCUGAUGAUCACCUGGGUCUGAUGUCCUUGAAUGCCCAGCCAAAGUCCCCAGAAAAAGCACAUAUCAAACGUGAUUACGAAGAGAAUACUGGUAGUCCUCUGAUAUCAUCAACAGUAUUAACAAAGUCAGGUCUGCACAAAUGUUACGACUGCGAUAAAAUAUUCAACAAAGCAUGCUACUUAACGCAGCACAACAAAACAUUCCAUAGUGGCGACAAGCCGUUUAAAUGUUCGAGGUGUGGCAAACGCUUCUCCUGCGAGGUAACAUACCAAGAACACCUCACCAAACAUGCUGGCGACAAACCACAUAAAUGUGACCUCUGUCCGAAGCAGUUCAAUCACAAGACGGAUCUCAGAAGGCAUAUGUGCUUACACACUGGCCAGAAACCUUACGCCUGCGAUACCUGUGGAAAAGGGUUCAUCAGGAAGGACCAUAUGAUGAAGCAUUGCGAGACGCAUGUGAGAAAAACGCAGUCAAAAUUAGCCAGCCUCCGCUGAAACGACGAGCCACGUCAACACAUCUUGGUGGGUAUGUAGCAAUUCAUUGUUUGUCACUUGGCACAUUUUCUACUUAAGUGUUGUAUCUCAAAAUAUUUUAUAAUACUGUACAUAUUAAUUUAUAUUUAAUUUUAAAAUUUUUAAUAACUAAGACGAUCGAAGAGAGGUCUACAGAGUAAUAUUACAAACAAAAGGGAAAAAUUGCUCAAGUUUAAUUUAUAUUGUAAUGUCCAAUAAUAAACAAUACUCAA